UCUAGUCACACCACAAACAUAUAAGCUACCCAUAGUGACGAGUAAGACGCUUGGAGAAUGAAUCAUAGGAGGACGCCCUGCCCCCCACUAAACACCACAGCAUCCACAAUGAAGAAAUGUGUAAUUGCCUAUUCGUUUAUCGGGUCUCCGUCAACGUCGUGCUGUUCUCAUUGGCCACGAUUAUUCUCAUCCUUCGCAUGGUGAGCUGAUCCAGGAUGGGCGCAGAGGCUCUUCUUCCAGCCGACAAAUUCCUAUUUCUUAUUAUCUUUUUAAAAAAAACACUCACAAAGCGCA